AUGGCGACGGCAUCACCCUUUCCCUUCCCGCGGGAGUACUCCUUCCCGCCCUUCUUCACCCGCCAAACGAACCUGACAACCCACCACGCCCAGCUCGUCAAGUGGUCCGACCUGAUCCUCGCCUACUGCCGCCACCACCGCAUCUUCAAGCUCUCCCUCGGCGCCGCCAUCCCCUCCGCCUCCUCCGCCCUCCCGCACGCCCUGCCGAACCACAACGCCGCCGCCCCCUCCGCGCUCGCCGAGCAGCCAACCACCUUCUCACCCGCGACCGCCGCCUCCUCUGCCGCCGCCGCCCCCGAGGAGCUCUUCCACAACAGGGCGCUGAACAAGCGCCUGUCGCUCGCCGACGCCCGCGAGGUCCUCGAGUUCAUGCGCAAGGACGGCCGCGCCGAGGCCCUGCCCGCCGGCACCGACGUCUUCUGGGUCUACUGGCGCACCCCCGACGAGUGGGCCGCCUUCAUUGAGGGCUGGAUUGACGAGACGGCGCAGAAGGGCGUCGUCCUGACCCUCUACGAGCUGACAGAGGGCGAGAGCACCAGGGGGACCGAAUUCCACGGCCUCGACCCCGACUUGCUCGCCAAGGCGCUGCAGAUCCUCGUCAAGCGCGGCAAGGCCCAGAUCUUCGGGCAAGAAGACUCGCAGGGUGUCAAGUUCUUUUGA